AUUUCUUUUAAGGAUUUCUUUCUGUUAAGUGGUUAUUAUGAUAUUUAAUCAAUAAAAUAUGAAUAUGAGACUGGCAAAAUCAAAAGUAAAACAUUUACACUGCAGUAUAUAACAACAAUGGCGAAUAAAGUGGAGGGCAAGUUGACGAACGCUGAAAUGGAUGUUUUGGAGCUUAUGAUCGGGUCCGGUCCGAAGACAUUCACGUUGAUCUACAGCAUCACGAGCGACGGAUGUAAUGCGACGACCUUCCACCAGAAAUGUGACAACCAGGGGGCCACCCUUACUGUCCUGUACAAUCCGCAGGGGUCCGUCUACGGCGGAUACGCCAGCUUAAACUGGCCAGGUCAUGGAGCGUGGGCAAAUGACCCGAAGACAUUCUUGUUCCAACUAAAGUUUUCCGGAAAGAAAAUGGAGAGAAGAUUUAAUAAUAAAAAUUUUACUAAUUCUAUAUAUGGGCAUACAAAUUACGGACCAACAUUUGGAGGGGGGCAUGACUUACAGACGUUCAACGGCACGGUAAAUCCAUCAAACGGCGUGUUCGCUCUGAACGGCAGUUCGAACUUUGGCCACACUUACGACAUUUAUGGAUUGCAAGCAACUGAUAUCACGAACGGAAACCUGAAUGUUACGGACCUAGAAGUGUUCAAAGUAACAGAAGGCGCAAGACGACUUGUUCUUCCGAAUCCAUGGCGAAAAUCUCCCGAAUGGAACAAAAAUUUCCUCCAAGAGCUUUCACAGGAAGUUGAGUCGCUGAAACCGCCAGACGACCUAAAGAUUCAAGAAUUUCGAAUUCUGCUGCUUGGCCCUGUAGGAUCUGGGAAGUCCAGCUUCUGUAACACUGUGACUUCUGUUUUCCGGGGAAGAAUCACGCAAAUGGCCAACUGCGGCAAGGCGGCGCACAGCAUUACUUCUGUGUACAAGCCGUUCAUGGUGCGUACAAAGAAGGGUGGGCGUCUGCACUUCCGGUUGUGUGAUAGCCCUGGGAUGGAGGAGAGUCAGGGUCUCGAGGCUGUGGAGACCAACUUCCUGUUGGACGGACACGUGCCGGAAAUGUACGAGUUCAACCCAGCCACCCCUAUCUCCAUGAGUGACCCCGGUUUUAUCGUUAAGCCGGGCCUCAGUCAGCGUGUACAUUGUGUGGUGUACGUGCUGGACGCUACUACAGUGGAGGACAUAUCGGCCAACAUGAAAGACAAACUCAGUAGACUAAGGAAGCUCGGAAACCAGAAAGAAAUUCCCCAAGCCGUUCUGUUGACAAAGAUCGACCUUGUUGAUACGGAAGUGGCGGGAAAGCCCUCGAGCGUGUUCACGAGCGGGAACGUAGAGAACAAGGUGCGCGCUGCUUCGGAACUCUUCGGUCUACCAAGAAACCACGUGCUCCCGGUCAAGAACUACGAGGAUGAGAUGUUGCUGGAAGAUGGCGUCAACAUUCUGGCGCUGCUGGCCCUCCGCCAGGUGUUGUACUUCGCCGAGGACUUCUUGGAGUCGUGUCACGUUUCAGAGGAGGGCCGGGAGACGAUAGUGAGCGAUACCGAGAACGCCUCAGAGGCUUUCUGAUUAAAACCAAAUAUCGCGUGUGCUGCCUGAUGAGUUGCACACAUAUAUUCCUGUUUUAUCCACCAUUCAAUUGAUAAACAAUUAAGCCUGAACGAUCAUAAAUAUUUGCGCAUUUCUUGACAUCUAUAUGCCAGUAAAACGAUACUGAAAUAUACCAUAGUGUUGAGUCACACAUUUUAACCUGAAGUCAGAAGCCUCGAACAUUCUGCACAGCGAAAUAUAUGAGCUAGUAAGAUAAUGAAGUGUAUUUAACUCAUUUUCCAAAGUAAAUUGGCCUCGCUCUAAGCAUUAUGCGAUGCGACGCAUUUUUGUACAGUUUACAUUUAGCAAAUGCAUAUUUUUGUUCAAACUAGGAAAGUGCGAUACCUGACAUCUAGAUUACAUUUUUAAAAGUUUAAUCGACGUAGUUAUCCAUUUUAUAAGUGUUUAUUGCGCUGACCAAAUCAUCUUUUUGUUUUAUCGUUCAUUGAAUGCAUCGCUAGCAAUAACAUUCAGUUAGGUGAAGUUGGCCUUUCUUUCGGAACAACCUUUACAUCAUGUCGCGUAAUGCUACUGUUCACUUAACUUGUUGGAAGUCUUUACGCUAUUAAACAAGAACCGUUCGAAUGUUAGUUCUAUAUUGUUUAACGUUCUUUUUAAGUACAAUAAUCAGUAUAUAAUACAGCAUGACAUUUAAGGUAAUCCCGCAUCCUAACUGCCGUCCAUUAAGGACCCAAGGCCGCGUUCCUUGCCUUGCCUAACCCAACUCUCUCACAUUAUAAUCAUGCGUUCAUAUAUACCACUUUUUUUGUCUAGCUCGUGACAGUUGUGCAUAUUUAAUUUCUUGUUAUAUACAAAAAGAACGUAUUCUACAGUCAUGAACUGUCAAGCUAAUUGGACUAAUAGCCAGCGGCUAUCACGACUGUCACCAGCUAAGUACAUCUACAUUUAAUAAUUAUGAUGAAGUAUUUGCUUUUUGUUACAAAUAAACUUUGAAUUCUA